CAAAACAUUAUUUAUUUAUACCAUAUAAAAUUAACUCUUAUAAUUUUCCCUACUAAUUUGUAGUUUUUUUAUUUAUGCCCAUAAUCCAAUCACAUGCGCACUAUCAUUGCAGCCUCCUUCCCCAACAAAAACGCUUUGUGAUCAUUGAUCACUCUUGUUCUUUGAAUUUUCUCGGAGAAAAUCUCAAGGAUGAGAUCUCCGAGAAAAUUGAAGUCUACCUCUAAAUCCGAUUCCAAUUGUAUGGAGUUGGUUCUCCAUACGAUUUCGGCGAAUGUCGAGCACCCGGUUCCGUUGACCGUUUUCGACCCGAAAUCCCAUGGGCAGAUAAGCUUGAGACUGUCCCCAAGUUUUAGUCCAAGUUCAGUAGAGACCGUGUUCAGAAAAGGGGCUCGUAAUGUAGAUAAGUUGUUCCAUUUAGCGACUUCAACUAGCGUGAGACGAUCUCCUAGGCUCUCUUCGGGCUCAAAUGAGUUGAAAUCGAGCAAUGUGGCUCCAAGAUUAGGUUCGCAACUACUGUUGGAGUCUUCAAAUAGCCGGAGAAGGUCCCCAACGCUAGAUCCGAGUCCGUCAGAGGUCAAAAAGCGCAAUGUGGGUAAGCUACUGGGUAAGAGGGGAUCUGCAAAGUGUGAGAUGGAAUUAUUAGACGAAGUGGCUGUGAGAAGGUCUCCAAGGUUUUCACCACCUGCGGUGGCUGUGGCUGAUAGUGACAUUACUAAAAGUAAAUCUAAAUCUUCUAAUGCCAUGAGUGGGAGAUCCAAGAGACAAAACUUGUCAUCAAUAUUCGGAAUAGAAGAAAUAAAUUCAGAUGUUGACUUCUUGAAAGGAAAUUGCCUUCCGAGAUCAGCAAAGGUGACCACAAUUGAGUCUGAAACUAAGAGCUAUUGUUUGAAAGUUGCAUCAGAGAAAAUCUCAUCAAAAUGGUUACACUCUCAAAAAAGAGGCUAUUGUGAAUUGGAGUCACCGAAUUCAUUGAAAUCCAAAACGAAACUUUCAGAGGAUGAGGAUAGCAACAAAAGAUCUAUUUCCUUAAAAUCUAUUGAUCAAGUUGUGUCUUCUGAAAAACAUUUAAGAUCUUCAAGGCCAGAAUCAACUACUGAAGACAAUAUAGGUGAAGAUUUUAAAAAAAUAAUAUCUGAAAUAUCAAAUGAAAGAUCUUGUAAAUAUUCCUCAACAUUAACUACAAAGGAAUCCAUCAACCUGUGUACCUCUGAUAAAUUGUGUACUUUGUCAGAGGAUUGUACGUCUAUGAGUAAUUUGACAUAUUCUAGAGAAUUGGAAGUAAUGUCAUUAGAUGGGGAGGCAGAAUGUGACUUCACUGAUUUUCCUGAGCCAUGUGAAAAACUUCCAAAGAAAACUAAAACGUCAAAUUUUGCAAAGAGCAAACCGAAGAAAUCCAAUUGUUCUUUCUUUGUUGGAGAUCCUAUUCCUGAUGAUGAAGCUCGAGAACGGUGGCUCUGGCGUUAUGAAUUGAAGACACAAAGGUCCCAUGAUAAAAAAUCGAAACAAAAUGAUGAUGAAGAGGACGAGGUAGUUUUGAAUGUGGAAUGUCAUUUUGCUCAAGCUAACAUUCGGAGUCGCAUAUAUAAUCUUGGAGAUUGUGCUUAUAUACAGGGUGAUGGUAAAAAGAAACAUAUUGGCAGAAUUGUGGAGUUUUUCAAAACUACAGAUGGUGAGAAGUACUUCAGAGUCCAAUGGUUUUAUCGUGUUGAAGAUACAGUUAUCAAAGAAGUGGGUGCUUUCCAUGACAAAAGGCGUUUAUUCUAUUCUACCAUAAUGAAUGAUAACAUAUUAGACUGCAUUAUUUCAAAAGUGCUAGUUACGAAAGUAACACCUAGGGUAGGACUGAAGAUGAGCUCUAUUGCUCCAUCUGAUUUUUAUUAUGAUAUGGAAUACUGCGUUGACUAUUCAACUUUUCGCUCCAUUGAGAUCGAUAACUCGGUAAAAAACCAUCACUUUGCAUCACCUUGUGGAAGCGAAUCAGUCCCUACAGUAGCAACAAAAACUUACCAAGCGGAGUUGACUCUUUUAGAUCUUUAUAGUGGUUGUGGUGGAAUGUCGACUGGAUUGUGCCUUGGUGCCAAAGCUUCUAAUGUUAACAUUGUGACGAGGUGGGCUGUCGACUGUCAUAAGCCUGCAUGUGAAAGCAUAGAGUUAAACCAUCCGGAGACAAAUGUCAGAAAUGAAGCUGCGGAGGAUUUCCUUGACUUAUUGAGGGAAUGGGAGAAGUUGUGCAAACGAUAUAGGUCCCAUAAUGCUGGAAGAACACAUUCAUCAAGGUCAAAGGCCUCAACAGAAGUUGAGGAUGAUCAUGAGAGUUCAACUGAGGAAUUUGAAGUUUCAAAUUUUGUUGAUAUUUGUUAUGGUGAUCCCAAUAAAACAGGCAAGCGUGGUCUGAACUUUAAGGUGCAUUGGAAGGGGUAUAGUACCAGUGAAGAUACAUGGGAACCAGCUGAAGACUUAAGUAACUGCCAAGAAAGCUUAGAGGAAUUUGUAAAAGAUGGGAUGAAAAGGAAGAUCUUGCCACUUCCGGCUGGUGUUGAUGUUAUUUGUGGUGGCCCACCAUGCCAGGGAAUUAGUGGUUAUAAUCGCUUUAGAAAUGUUGAUUCCCCUUUGGAUGAUGAAAGAAACCGCCAAAUAAUAGUAUUCAUGGACAUUGUAAAAUUCUUAAAACCAAAAUAUGUGCUGAUGGAAAAUGUUGUAGACAUUUUGAGAUUUGACAAGGCUUCUCUUGGAAGAUAUGCAUUGAGUCGUUUGGUACACAUGAAUUACCAAGCAAGGCUUGGAAUAAUUGCUGCAGGCUGUUAUGGUCUUCCACAAUUUCGGCUGCGUGUCUUCCUGUGGGGUGCUCUUCCUCAUGAGAACCUACCUCAGUUUCCACUUCCAACACAUGAUGUCAUUAUCAGAUAUUGGCCUCCGUCUGAGUUUGAGCGUAAUACUGUUGCUUACGAUGAAGACCAACCUCGUGAGCUACAAAAGGCUCUUGUUCUUCAAGAUGCCAUCUCUGACCUUCCUCCUGUUACGAACGAUGAAACUCGUGAAAAAAUUGAAUAUCAUAUGCCUCCUGAAACAGAAUUCCAAAGAUACAUAAGAUCGACAAAACUAGAGAUGGAUGGCUCUGCAUUAGAUGCCACCAGAGAAACAAAAUGUUCGCUUUAUGAUCAUCGACCUUACCCCUUAUCUGAAGAUGAUUACAUUCGAGUUUGUAAGAUUCCAAAGAAAAAGGGGGCAAAUUUUCGAGACCUUCCAGGUGUAGUUGUUGGAGGGAACAAUGUUGCUCGACGUGAUCCAAAGGAAAAGAUUUUAUUGCUGCCAUCUGGAAAGCCAUUGGUACCUGAUUAUGCUUUUACAUUUGAACAAGGCAAGUCAAAAAGACCCUUUGCAAGAUUAUGGUGGGAUGAGACUGUGCCAACUGUAGUGACUUUCCCCACUUGUCAUAACCAGGUAGCAUUACAUCCUGAACAAGAUAGAAUCCUCACAGUACGAGAAUAUGCAAGGUUGCAAGGCUUUCCUGAUUAUUACAGAUUCUGUGGGACUGUUAAAGCAAGGUAUCGCCAGAUUGGAAAUGCGGUGCCCGUUAAUGUCACGCGAGCCUUAGGAUAUGCCUUAGGUUUGGCCAUUCAAAAGCGUAGUAGCAAUGAACCACUGUUGACACUCCCCCAGAAAUUCUCUCUUUCUACUACAUAUGAAUUGGCUAAUAUUCAUGCUUCACAAGACUGAUCAAUAUUAGGCUGUUGAUUGUUCAUUGUCUCAUUUUUGGCGAAAAUGUUAGCCUUGUACUUGACAUGAGUGCAAAUGGUUCGGCAAAACUUAUAUCGUAUGGUUGAUUAGGAACUAACAAGGUUGGAAGAAUUAUCUCUGAUUUUCCAGCAGCCAUUUAUUUGUGCUUUAUGAAGCCUCAUCUUUCCCCAUAAAACAUUUUUUUAGGGAAUAGACUACAUUCUAGGCUGUAACAGUAUCCCUGAAUUCCGGCAAUUGGCCAGAAAGUUUCCAGUUGAACCUUCUCUGUCCAUCUAUAUCGUGCACAUUUGCUUGUAAAAUUUGACAAUAAUCCUUUCUGUACUAGGUCACUGUCAACUAUCUGUAGUAAUAAACAAGAGUAAAUAAUUAUUUGGUACUCUAUCUUCUUAUCUUAGUAUAUAGAAGAAUUGUUACUUUUA